GUCAUUUUUGUCUCCGAGAUUAAAAAACAGACCUUUAGUUUCUUAUAAUAGCAGUAUUUUAAAUAAUGUUAGUUUCUAUAAAUAAAAUAAGCUUUCUCACCCCUCAGUGUGAUAAUCAAAUAAAAACACUACAGAAGUUACAUUAAGUUGACGUAGUUGCGUGUUUGGUUUGAUAAAAGUAAAAUAUGGAACCCGUAUCAUAUUUUAGCCUGCCAAUUGUAGAUUCCGAAUCAACGGAUUUAACUCUUAGAAUAAGGUCCCAUGAGGGUGGUUACGAUGAGGUAUUGGCACAAUUCCUCUCUGGUGACGAGCCUCUGGAGGAACCUGACUUAAAUGGACCAACUACACUGCACUGUGAAAUUUGUCGUAAACAGUUCGAUAAUGCGAAAAAAUACUAUGGACAUUUACGUGUGCAUUCCAAAGACAAUCUCUGGACCUGUGAUCAAUGUCCUGAUCAAAGAUUUUCAACAAAGCAACAAUUGAUGAAACAUAGCCUGGUUCAUCAUCCUUUGGAACGUGUUUGGAGGUGCCCUCAAUGUAGUAUGGCAUUUGAAACCCUGUGGCGGCUUCAACAGCAUCUCUUUGCAAAACAUUUAGACUACAGACCACAUAAGUGUGAUGUAUGUGAAAAAGCCUUUCAUAAAUUGUCUGAUCUCAAGAAACACAAAGCAGUCCAUACUGAUGAAAGAAAACAUGGAUGUACAGAGUGCACAAUGAAAUUUAAAGAUAAAUCUAAUUUAAAAAGGCACAUGCUGACACACAAUAAAGAGAAACCAUUUUGUUGUAAUGGCUGUGGAAACAGAUUUAAACAGAUUGCAUCUUUGAAGCGCCAUAAACAAAAUUGUUCUUAUAUAAAACAUACUACAGAAGAUAAGGCAAUAAGGAAGAAUUACUGUAAGGUUUGUGGGAUGACAUUCCAGUACAAUAGUGCCUUAUUGGAACAUAGUGUGAGAGAACAUUCUACAACAUCAAACAUUGAGAAAUCUAAUCAAAUCACAAUAGAUACUAGGACUGAAGAUAAUAUUGUAGAUGACAUUUUAUCUGCAGAAGAUGAUUACAUGACUAUGUCUACACAAAAUGGCCUUCUCAAUGGGUACCAUAGCAUGCUACCAGAGCCACCUGUUAACAAUAUCACAGAGAUGAAUAAUUUACAUAUGCUUGAUGAAGAACUCCUUUAUAGUGAUAUUGACUUUGAAAAUUUUCCAAAUAAUCAUAUAUUUAAUAUGAAUACCAAUGAUAUAGAUUACAGUAGUACUGAUAGAAGUGCAGAAAUACAAUUUGAUCUUGCAGAUUAUGGUAGAAGUAUAGAUCAAGACAUAAUGAAUGCACUUUAUCACGCUAAAGCAGAAAAUUUUCCUGAUGAAUUUUUAAAUCAUUCUGAUGUGACCAAUUUUACUGAGAAACCUGAGGAUCUACUAGAAAAUCCUACAGUCUCUGUAAAUGAAUGUGCUACAAUUUUCGAAAGUGAUGUGGAUUUAGAAGCAAGUGCUAAUUUAACUGCUAAUUUAAAUCAAUUGAUAGGAGACAAUAAUGUUCAAUAUAUUUCAACAGAGGAUGAUGAUACCUUUAUAAUUAGUUUAAAAAGUGAAAUAGAUGCUGAGCAAUUGACUGAUAUGUUAAAUAUAGGCGUAGAGUUAGCAGAGGAGAACAACAAAACAUCAGAUGAUUAUAACACAGAAAGUUUAUCUGAUGUGGACAAUUCUGAGAAUGUAGUCUGUAGUGAUGAACCUAUAGUGAUAAAAAUCCAAGAGCCAGCAGAAAAUGUGUCCUGUAUUGCAUCUUUUGAAAAUGAAAAUAAACAAGCAAUGAAGACUAAAACAAAAAAGAAACUAAUUUUUGCCUGUCGCCAUUGUAAUAAAGUUUUCAAUAAAAGAGAUAAUUUUAAAUCACAUAUAGCCACUCAUGAUUCGUCGCUACGUCGCCAUAAGUGUUCGGUGUGUGAGGCGCGGUUCAGCUACCGCUCCACGUUGAACAAACACUUCGCAUCUCUGCACGAACCGCGCGUGUGGAACGCUCAUACCUGCGACAUCUGUGAUAAGCAGUAUCGCGCUAAUUGGAUGUUGGUAGCCCACAUUCAGCGAGAUCACGAUGGCUUAACACCGUAUGAAUGCGACAAAAAAGGUUGUGGAAAGAAGUUCUUCAAAAAAUGUGACUUGGUUGUACAUAAGAGGUAUCAUACCGGCGAGCGGCCGUACGCGUGCGAGGUCUGCCAGCGACGAUUCCCUCACCCCUCGCACCUGAGGCGGCACGAGCGGGCCGUGGAUUGUACCAAGUGGGCUAAAAAGUUUUAAAAUGUUCCAGUGUGACCUGAAGAUACGAAAUACUCAAAAGAAUGCUAUUUUUUUAAGUUUGAAAAUAUGCGUAAUAAUUUUACAAUGGAUAGUCGUAGAUUAGAUAUUUUUUUGCUUCAAGAUUAAAAUGUCUAACACCGCGAAACGUCUAAUGAGCAGAAAGCCUAAUUAGCAAAAUGUUCAUGUAGCAAAACGUAACCAACUCUCAGAUGCCUAGAUGGUCUAUGAAGUCGAACGUCUAUUUAGCAAAUCGCUAUUUUUAAAAUCAUGUCACAGAAAGUAAAACUCAUUAAUAAACUUGUGGAAAUUUAUUUGUUAUAAAAAAAUGUGUUGAUAUAUACAGACAUUUUGAAAAUAUGAAGAUUUUCUAAAUAGACGUUCUGCUAUAUAGACCGUUUGAGAGUUGGGACUUUAUGCUACGUAGACAUUUUGUUAAUUAGGCUUUUUGCUCAUUAGACGUUAAGCUACUUAUACCUUUUUUAUAUAUUGAAUAAAAUCGGGAGCGCAUCAGGUGCUACUAAACUUGAUCCUAUGAAAUUUGAACCUUGAGUACUGGAUAUAAGAUACAAAAUAGUCGCGGUGACUUGAUAAGCUAUUGAAUGUACUUCCCAUUAAACUUUGAUAUUGCAUACAGGUAUAGAUGCAAAUUAAACCAAAGAUUAUUUUGUUGGUCGUAUAACAUUCUUAAGGAGUCUAACGCAUUUUUCACUUUUUACAGUAUUUUCUUUGUGAUAUGAUUUUCAUAAGUGUUUUUUUUAUAUGGCAAUCAGGUAUUGUAUACAUCCUAUUUUAUUGUUUUAAGUAUGGACACAAAUUUACGCCGAGGCCUUGCUUACGCAUUUGUUUUAAAAAUGCAUGUAAAUAUUAUGUACAUUCAUAUGAAAACCUGUGAGAUGUUGCGUUAUAUGCAACCUAUUCGUAAUUUUCACUGAUAAAGUUGUAUUUCCUGUAUAUAACUAUUGUGUAUGAAAUAAAAAAAUAUACACUU